AUGCCGGAUUCGAAUCCUGGAUCUCAAUUCCAUAACAUCUGGAAAUCGGCCCUCACGAAAUACAAACGAGACACCGACCGCGACUAUUUUGAAGGCUGGCUAGGGGAAGAUUCUCCGGAUGCUCUGUUUAGACUCCUCGACGACGAGCUGAAAAGUUUCAAGCACUUCCAGGAGUAUCGGAAGAAGGGAGAGAAAGUUCGACGUGCAAUUGAGCCAGUUCUCAAUAUGGUGAAUGUGUUCUCAGAGACAAUAGGAGAAGGUGUAGCAAUGGCAUUCUCACCAGCGAAAGCGGUUUCAGUCGCUAUCCGAGUCUUAAUCAAUGGUGCAAGGGACGUUAGUGCACACUAUGACAUGAUUAUCGAGAUGUUCGAAAAGCUCAAAGGCUUUAUGGGACGUCUGGAUGUUUAUAUCAAACAAAAUAUCACUGGCAAACUCAAGGGCCUCAUCGUCGACAUCCUCGCUCAGGUGCUCGUGGUGCUCGGAGUGGCCACAAAGUGGAUAAACCAGAACCGUCUUUGUAAGGGCGUUGCGUUAUUCACUGGAGAAUGUGGCUGA